CGUGACUCGAGGCAAGCAACAGGAAGACGGGCACCUUCGUCGAGCUCACCAUGUCGUGUUGUGUGGGGGAGGGUACGCGGCGAGAACGUUCCUGAGUCUACUAUAUGACCGACCACUCGCCGUCUUGACCGGUCAAGUUUUGACUACCUACAAGGAAGUGAACGUCUUGAGCUAGGAGCCCAGUUCGAGAUGGCGACAGCUAAGAAACUGACCGAGAGACACCUCAGCUGCUCAAUCUGUACUGAUGUGUUCAAAGAUCCUGCCACACUUCAGUGUAAUCACACAUUCUGCAAAUCGUGCCUGCUGAACUACAUCAACACAAGGCCUGCAGCAAUACAAGCCAAGUCCCUCCCGUGUCCCUCCUGCAGGCAGCUGACGAAGGUGACCAACCCGCACAGGCCAGUAGAGGAGUGGGUCAGUCAGCUGAAACCAAGCCACGUCAUCCAGGGGUUGAUGGACGACUUUGGACCAAGUGCUGAACCUGUGGAGGAACACGUGUGCAGUGUUUGUACAAAACAAGGAAAGAGAACUCCAGCCACCGCCGGGUGCUCUGUCUGCAACGUUGUGUUCUGUGAUGAAUGUUUCCAGAGUCGCAUGGAGACCGGCUUGUGUGACCAUGAGGUAGCACAGUUAUCUGAUCAUACAGAAACAAGGGUCAUGUGUGAACGCCAUACAGACAAGCAGAUAGAGUUGUUCUGUAGGGAUUGCAAGCUGGAAAUAUGUACUAUGUGCUGUAGCUUAAAUCACAGGACAUGUAAGGAUGUUGAACCAAUAGAGAGUGUGACUCAUCUUGUGAGGGAACAACUGACCAACAAGCUAGAGCAGCUUCAUACUAACAUGUCAGUUAUUGAUAAAAUAUUAACCCGGAGAAAAUCUGAAAUUGAGAUUAUAAAGAGCCGUUCAAAACUCCUCUCGGAUCAAGUCGUGGAGGCACAGGAGACAGCGGUGCGUGCUAUUUUAAGAAAAGAGAAGCAGCUUCUGGAUUACAUCGACAAGGCUACGGGUGAACAAUUACGUGAGUUUGAAACAGAUAUAGAAUCACAGGAGAUCCAGCUGCAGAUGUACCAGCAAGAAUAUGCCAUCACAGCUGAUGCUCUGACGUCCAACAGUUUAAAGGACAUGCAUGCGGGCCUUGGGUCGGUGGGUGAGGUGUCUGCGGGCAACAGACCAGCAGCAGGAAGGCUUGUGUUCACACAAGACCUGGACAAGCUGAAAAAAGCAGUGGAUGUGCUACAGCUGGGGAAAGUAAAAGUUGUGCAUGAUGUGAGUGACGUUGAGUCUUCUCCUUUUUUACUCCACACCAUUCACUGCAAGGAAGAUGGCGACAGGAAGAAACCAGACUUGUUUGACGUCACUGUGUUGUCUGUUGACGGCAUUAACGUUACGGUGGUUGCAGAUUAUGAUAACAAGAGACUCAAAACAUAUUAUACAUCAAACCUCAAAUCAUGUCACAAUCAGCUACUGCUUUCUAAUGGGCCUUGGCAAAUAGCAAAGUACUCUGAGAGUCAAGUAUUUGUCAGUGUUCCUGACAGUAAGGAGAUAGUUACAGUGAACUGUACCCCAUCCCCAGUGUUGCGGUCAAUUAUCAGAGCAAGCAAAGUGUACUGCGCUCUCGCCUGUCUGAAUUCUUCACAGCUGGUGGCAAGUAUAUACGAGCAGCCCUACUCAGUGGACAUACUGGACAUGUCAGGGAGGGUACUGAGGUCUGUCACCAACAAAAUGAUAAGAAAUCCAGACUACAUCCAUGUGACCAGCAGCAGCAACCUUAUAGUCAGUGAAAGAGCUGUAAAGUCCCUUCUAUGUGUGACCAGUGAAGGGGACACUGUCUUCACCUACACUCCCACAGGGGACAGAGCUCUGACAUACCCAUGGGGUAUCACAACAACCUGUUCAGGGGAUGUCCUGCUUGUAGACUACGACUCCAAAGUGAUUCAGCUGACAGAGUCGGGGCAGUUUGUAAGGGAUGUUCUCACACGACGUGAUGGUGUGGACAAUAUCCGUGCUGUCUGUGUUGAUAAUGAAGGUCUCAUGUAUGUUAUGUCGGACAGUUAUGUAAAGGUAUUUGAAUUCCGCCGACAUAGAUAGGCAUGGUUCAGGAAGUACAUCACCAAGAAGAGUGCUCAUAUCCUAGUUAGAUGUCUAGUGAUUUCCCGCCUUGACUAUUGCAAUAGCCUUGUCAACGGACUCUCUAAAGAACACAUAAAAAGGCUCCAGAAAGUUCAGAAUACCGCAGCCA